AUGUGGCUUCUCCUCAACUUCUCCUUCCUGCUGACAUCCGCAGUCCAGGAUGGUGACAAGCCGCUGGAAGGUGAGGAGUGUGUGCCCCACUCCCAGCCAUGGCAAGUGGCCCUCUUCCAGCGUGGACGCUUUAACUGCGGGGCUUCCCUCCUCUCCCCGCACUGGCUGCUGUCUGCCGCCCACUGCCAAACCCAGAGGAACGAGAAAAAUGCGGGUCUCCCAGGUGCGUUGCACUGCUCCAACCGCAGCGUCCUCUCGGACGCACCUUGCAGCAAGGACUACCCCGGGCGCCUGACGGACGCCAUGGUGUGUGCGGGAGUCGAGGGCGGAGGCACGGACUCCUGUGAGGGUGACUCCGGGGGACCCCUGGUCUGUGGGAGCUUCAUGCAAGGCAUCAUGUCCUGGGAUGAUGUCCCUUGUAAUACCACCACCAAGCCCGGUGUCUAUACAGUCUGCCUCUACCUGGAGUGGAUCAGGGAAACCAUGAAGAGGAACUGA